AUGGAGUUAAAAGGGUGGGGCGCCGAGGAACCUCUACACCCAGGGAAAUCCUACCCUGUUCCGGGACGCCCGGGGCUUCCAUCUGUUCUCGGGUGGGAGACAAGUGUCCCAAGGGGGCGGAGCGCCCUCUCCUGGACCCCGACCGGCCCGCGCAGGCCUCCUGUGAAGGCGCGCCCCAGGGGCGAGCGCUGCAACCCCAAGGUUGGCUGGCCGGGGCCCAGCAGGCUGAGGCCGGAGCGGGAGGUGGCCCUCCGGGCGCUGGAGGCGGGCGGUGGGGUGGAGUCGCCGGCGCCGGCCGCGGCGCAGCUCCACCUGUUGCAGCGUCGGUGCGCGCCUGCCUACCAAGGCAGAGCUCGGCGUGGAUCUCUGCCUCCCGCGCCGGUCGCGAGGGCAGUGCAGCAGCGGCGAGGGACCCGGGGGACAGUCCCAGCGGAGCGGCCCGGAGACGGUGUUCCCGGGAAGCUCCUCCGCCAGCCGGAUGCCGAGCAACGUGGGGGCCAGGAAGGAGGUCCGAAUGCGCGGCCCCCGCUCCACACAGUUCGGCAGUCCCGUCGCCUGGACCAGUUCCAGCCGCUAAGCUCCUGUAGCCGGGUCGGCAAUUCUAGAGGCCAGCGGGAGGACAUCACGACUAGAACCCAGAGGGGUCUUCCCUGUCCCGGCCACCCUGCAGAUCACGCGUCCUAGCCGUCAGCGGCUGAGAAGCAAUGGUCAGCGGGGGGCACUCAUCGGCGCAGCGUUUACCCGCCGACCCCCAGAAAAGCCUGGCCUGGAACUGGGGGGAGAUCCCAUUCAGCCGGAGCCGGCCCUGAAGCCGCGCCACGCCCCCUCCCCAACGGAACGGGGUGGAAACCGGCGUCGCAUCCGCUGGCCAAGCAGAAGCGACUCUGAGCCGGUCCCGCCGCUUUAGGGCGUCAAGGACUCCAGGGCGGGAGGGGGCAGUGGCAAAGAUAAAGAGGAUUCGAAACCAGGACUCAGGACGGACGUGGGAGAGCUGGCUCGGUUGCAGCGGCCGAAGCUGUGCUCGGGGGAGCCGCACGGCCGAGGGCAGCGCGUGGUAGUCAUGGGCGAACCGGCCGCCCGGUGCCCCGGAGCGGGCUGAGC